AUGUUGCCUUUGGUAGUGGCCACCCUCUUGGCCUGUAGCGCCAUGUGCGUUGCUGACCCCCUCAAGGGAGUUGAGUGGCUGGUCGCCCAAGGACGUCACGGUUACCCUGUUGAGUAUUACGUUGAACCCGUGAUCGAGACGAGGGGCGGGCAUUUCACGGUGUGUGAGUCUGGCCCAGCGGUCGAGCCGUUUGAACGCUGGCUUCGUUACACUGCUGGUUACUAUGGUACGUCUGAGCGCCCUGUGGCAAACGCAUUUGUGCACGUCAUCAUGGGAGACAGUUCCCAAGAAACCUUCCAAGUUAAAGUGAAUAGCAAAGACAAGGAAUCACCAUGUUUUUCCCCGACCGAGGUAACAUCAGAAGCAUAUUAUCACAAGUUCCUCGCGGAUCUCAACGAGAUAUGCACAGAUAACGCUUUCCGAAUGCACAAAGCUGGUGGCCCGGGAAUUCUUGUCGGUCGCUACUUCGGCGCCAUCGACCACGGGCAGCAGACUCUAGAGCUCGAGCUCGACCAUGGCAGUCUCAGUGCUGCUUCAACCAACGGAAUCCAGGGCGCACUGCAGUUCAUGGGGUUCGGAGACGCCUUCGUAUAUGCCUCCGUGAAGGGCCACGACAGUAUUCGGAUGAUGAUCCUCCGCCGCAAUCCACCUAGUGAUUCAGAGCAUCGGCGUAUUGGACGUGAGAACCUUGAAACCUGGGACCAUAUAAAGGCGCCCAUUGGCAUUUUCCAUACUCGUAUACAUCGAGUGCGGCAUGGCUGA